CUAACAAAAUGUAUUUGGAAAGUUUUUAAUUUUAAAUAAUUUAGAAUGCUGUUAUACUGUGUCACGGUCUAAAAAGUAUUUCACUAAAUUAAACUAAACUGUGGAUUACUAAUAGUGUUACUGAAACAAAGCUGCCAGGGGAUGAACAACCUUCAUUAUACCCUGAAAAUAACCAUCGUGUUGCUUAUAUGCACGUGUCAUAAAAUAGUCAUUGCUGAUUACAAUCUUCAAAAACUACAAUCAUCGCCAUGCUCUAUCACAACAUCCAGCAUUGACGUCACUGUUGACUGCACCAAUCGAGGCAUCAAACAGAUAAAUCCAACAUGGUUUCCAAAAAACGCCACGAAAAUUUUCCUCGACAACAACAGGAUAAGAACGGUUGAAAAUUUCACAUUUCAGCACGUAGCGCAUCUGCUGGUCUUAAGCUUAACUUACAAUAAUAUUGACACGAUUCAUGUCAAUGCUUUCUUAGGAAUCGAAACCCUCCAAGUUCUAAAUUUAGAAUUUAACAAAAUUGAUAUAACAAGUAAUCGUUCGUUUCCUAAACUGGUUCUUCAUCCCUUGAAAAAUUUAAAAGUACUCAAAUUACGGCAAGGGUUAAAAAUUAAAACCGGUGACUAUCCGGUUAAAUAUUUUACUUGCCAAUCUUCGUUGACCAAUCUGUCCAUUGAUACGGUCAGCGACCUGCUUUAUUUUGGACCUGAAUUUCUAAACUUCACUCGUUUGACCAGGCUGGAGCUCGGGGGAAGCGCAAAUAACAUAACAAGCAAAACAUUUGAAAAUGUCAAAAGAAUAAGAGAAUUGUAUGUAACUGGUUUAGAUAAGAUUGUUUGGAUUAGCCGUAAUGCUUUUAGUGCGUUACAUGAACUUGAUGUUUUGCAUUUAGAAAAUGUUUAUUGUGGAGUUAGAAAAGCGUUGAGUCUUCUGUGGUCUUUCAGUGGUAGAAAUAUGUCUUCGAUAGUUCUGUCUCAGAUAUAUCACAACUAUUAUACAUCCGACCAAGGUUUAUUAAAAAAUGACAGCUUCAUAUAUCCUUCAAUGACGAAAUAUUUAACUAGCAUAUGUCUGAAGAGUUUUAGUUUCACUAAUAAUAAAGUUUUUGUCAUCGUUGGUGAAGCCUUCUACAGUUCCGUUUGGAGUUCUUGCCUAAGAGAAAUCGAUCUUUCAGAAAAUCCUUUACGAGGUACAAAUUGGGCACUAAUUAAGUUGUCAACGUUAAGAAACUUAGAAUUUGUUGUCAUUGAGAAUUUGCUGCGGGUCAGGUAUUUAAAGAAAUUUAACUGGGAGAAAUAUUUUUCUCUGACUGAAAAAUCCAGUGUUGAUAAGUCACGGAAAAACGCGACAGAAGUUGAAACAAACAAGACAAUCUUAAAAACUUUUGGGCAAUCCGGAUGGCAGGUAUAUUUACUCAAUAAUGUCAAAGUGUUCAGAGCAGCGAGAAUGACUCGAUUAACAAGUUUUGAUCUUACAGUAAACGUGGUUAGAGGAGAGCGUCUUCAGCUAAUUGAUAUAUCAGACAGUGGAUUCAAUAACUUCACAAAGCCAAUAAGCGGAUUUACAGGUUUGAGAUUUGUAGAUUUAUCCAGUAAUCAAAUGUCUGUUGUAACAGAAAACUGGUUUGAUUACUUGCCAAAGCUGGAAACUUUGGUAUUGUCAAAUUGUCAGCUGGACGGUAAUUUUAUGGCCAAGAAAUCUGGUCGAUUGUUCUCAAAACUGAAAUCUCUUCAAAGACUGGAUCUUUCCACAAACUCCUUAACAAUACUGUCAGAAGAUAUGUUUGUCUACAAUUCACAUCUAAAGAUGCUACGGUUAGCAGAUAACCGUUUUAAUGUCGUGCCGUUUAAUUUAAAAUACACUCCAAAUCUAACUUUUCUUGACCUUACCAACAACGCCUUGGUCACCCUUGAUGUAGAAACACGACAAAUGUUAGACCAAUUUGCUCAAGGCAAUGAAGGAUUUCAGCUUUACCUUGAUGGGAAUAUUUUGUCAUGUGGAUGUGAGAGUCUUUCUUUUCUCCAAUGGUUGAUGUCCACAAAUGUGACAUUCGACAAAGGUGGUAUUUUUCCUUGCAUGGACCAAAAUGGCGUCGUGACUAACACAAGCACAUACAGGAAUCUGGACGUUUUAUGGAGGACAUGUUGGGGAGAAUUUUUUCUGCAAAUCUCUUUAGUCGUUAUUUGUUUAAUUAUAAUUGGACUUUUGUCCACUUUUGUGAUUAACAAAAAACUGACUUACAUUUCACAUUAUGUAAUUCAACUUUUUGGAGGAUUUAAAUUUCAAACUGCUUCAGACUAUAAAACUGGAGUAUUUAUUGGCUAUGCUGAAAACGAUUACAGAUUUGCUUGUCACACAUUACGGUCAUUUGUUGAAGAUAACUUGGGAAUGACGUCAUACCUACGUGACCGUGACCUUUUACCUUCCACCGACAUAGCACGUGGAAUUGUGGACGCCAUCAACUCGAGCUGGCGAAUCGUGCUCGUCUUCAACAAAACUUUUCUGCUCAACGAUGAUUGGAUGAUGUUCACGUUCAGAUCUGCCAUCUAUGCGCAGACGCCUGCCAACCCGAACCGAGUGAUCGUUCUUGUUGACGAGAACCACGCAUACAAUCUUCCCACGGAGCUGUUGAAUGCUGUUGUAGAGGACAACAUUGUCGUCGUCCGCCACUGGGUGAUGACGUAUGAGCUGAGAGAGAAACUCAAGACACUCCUUUGUCCAGGCCCCAAAAUAAAAACUUUAAAUAAAUGUAUUUGAAUACAAUAAUCCUAAGCCAUAUGAAGUUUGCGAUUAUGCUGACUGCUAUCCAUUUAGUAUUUUAAAAAAUUGGUUCCAUCUUA